CUGUAUCUGUGCAUGUGUGUUCAGUUGUUCAGUAGCAGUGUAUCUCUCCGUGGCAGGGGCAGCUUCAUUCUCUCCUGCAGGAUGUCGGGCCCUCGGACCAGCUCCAUACUGCUGCUGUUCACCAUCGCCUCCCUGCAGAACGCUCUGCUGGAGGCCAAGCCUCUUUCUGCCAUGCAUGGGGGCGGAGCUGUGCGCCUUCGUCGUGACCUGCGUGACUCACUGCCUUAUGAAGCCCAGAUGAUGUCCUAUCCCACUGCUGACUUCAAGGGGCGGGGUAAUGAGCUGUACUACCAGCCAGAGGCGGUGAGGGCGCAGGGGCUGGGUCAGGCCCUCCAAAGGCUGAUGGAGAACGACCAGCGGCGGGAGCAGGAAGCAGCGUAUCUGGCAGGUCUACUGCGCCUCCUGAAUGAGGCGGAGAAUAAUGGCCAAGGGAAACAGGAGGAAGAGGAGGAGGAAGAGGAAGGAGACUUCCAGGGGCCAUACCCGCCAGACUAUGAUGAGACGGAGCAGACGGUCAGCAUGGCUAAGCCACAGGCCCUGCUGGACCCCCAGCUGGCCGAGGCUCUGCUCAACCGCUACAGACAGGAGAGGCUGCUUCAGGCUGGGCUUAACCCAACCUCCAACCGCCUCCCAGACAGAGAGCAGGAGAGGGACCAGGAGGUGCUCCGGUACCUGGUUGAGAAAAUUCUCUCCAGUCUGGCUCCAGGGAACCAGCCGAGCCCCUCCAACCGCCGAGCCAAACGGGACGUGAGUGCGGUGGCCAGCGUCGGACGGGGUGGAGCUUCCUUGAGACGAUCCAGACGCUCUGUGGACUCCGUCCCCGUCCCCUCGCCCAGCGCUGAGGCCUCACUGCUGCGGGUGAAGAGGCUGGGUGAUGAAGAGGAUGAUGAAGGUUUUGCUGCCCAGAGCAACAGAUCACCCCACGCUGGGCUGCAGAGGAUGAAACGCAUCGACACAGACAUGCCGCUCCCUCUGAAACACAGCCGCAAACGCCGGGCGGUGUCCUAUGACCCCAGUGUCAUCGCUCAGCACAUCCUACAGUACCUACCAGCAUAAAGAGAGAGAGCCAGAAAGAGAGAGAGGGAGAGAGAGAGAGAGAGAGAGAGAGAGAGAGAGAGAGAGAGAGAGAGAGAGAGAGAGAGAGAGAGAGAGAAGCAGAGAAAAUCAGCCGAUUAUGAUUACGAUUGCAGGAUUUCACAUGACAUAUAUGCGACAACUCACUGUCAACUGCCUAUGUCCAGCAAAGUAUCUGCUUCAAUGCUAUAAUAAAUCAUAAACACACUUACUUAUCAGUGCUUCAUGCUACAUGUAAGCAGAAUGGGAUUUUUAUGAGUUUGCAGUAGAUGUUUCAGGUGAGUCUAAGAUUUGGUUAACAACAUUGUUCCCUUAUGCCAUAUCUUGACCCUUAAAACCAAAUUUCUUAAGCAGAGUUUUCAGACAUGCACUAGAAGUGCAUGAUGUAAUCAUUUAUCUCUUGAAACUUUAGCUACAACUAAGAAAUUCACCACUGUCUUGUCCUUGAAGAGUUCCCAUGGGACAUUAAGCCUUUUAUCAGUUCUAAAUGAUGCAGUACUUUGUAGCUAGACGUGAAUUAUAAGGAAGAAAACCAUUAAAAUAGGCCCCAUCCUGAAUCCCUAUAACCCAAUGCUUGAGCCAAAGUGAAAAACCAAAGUAGGUUUAGGAAUAAGGAAAGUUUUGUCCAUAAAAAUACUGCGGAAGUGCAUGAGUGUGCUUGUUUGUGUUGCAUUGCUUUUGUGUCCUCUGCCCACCACAUUUCCCCAUAUAAGGCACUAAAAUGUUAUUUAUUCUCAGAUGUGCAGAGCUUACAGUCUCCUAUCGAUUGCUCUCUCUGGCACACAAUGGUCCAGCCACCAAGCACAUUAAUCCACCAAAUGUUACUGUUGCUGGCGCCGACACUCUGUUCUCUCCAAGUCUGUGGAGUUCUUCUGUCAUUACACUGCAGAAAAUGGUUCACAGUGGUAUUUCACAAAGGUUUAGCUGGAUGACUUAACCCAAUAGCCAAGAUUUCCUGCUGAAAAAACAGCACAAACCAGCAUGAAUUCCAUACUGGUCUAAGCCAGUCUAUGCUGACUUAUGCUGGCGUGAGGCUGGUUUAGCUGGUCACCAGCCAUGCUGACCUAUGCUGAUUUUUCUAGUGGGGUGGCUCAAUAGGAAAACAGAUAAUGAACUUUCCUGGUGGGCCAUUUACACUUCUGGCAUAAAUUAUCUGGUCCCCAGCAGCAGUAGCAGACUAACCAUUACAUAUCGAAACAGAUUUGUGCUUAAAAUACUCCAAUUAAUUACAUCUUUAUUACAAAUCCUAAUUUGGCUGCUUAAGGAAAGCUGACAGACACCAGUUAACAUGUAGCAUAGUGCCUGCUAGCUUUCAUUGACACAGUUAGCAUUUUUAGAUCAACUAUUCUCAAAAACCACACGUAAGGCAGAUGCGAUAUUCCACUAAAACCUCUUUAUUGGCCACAGGGUGAAAUUUUUGGCACAUACAUAUGAUCACAUUUGAGUGACAAACACAAAACACCACAGAGUUCACAUGCAAAUUUCUGUCUGCUUUAAGCCAUACGUUUUUUUGGCGUUUGUGCACUUUUAUAGGCUAUAGAUAAUGACACGGUGCAGAGUCACACACUGAGAUGAGCAAAAAAUUAAGGAAGAAUAUUUUCCACUACAUUAAACAAUGGGAAAAUGUCAUGUAUCUGAAGUCAUUCAUAAGCAGCACCAGUGAGUCACAGAUUUGCUGUUUCUCACAAAAUAAUCUUCUUGAGGUUUUUCCCACAUCUGUUCAGACAAACUCCACCUCCUGCAUUGGGAUUAGCUAGUAGUCGUAUCAUCUACGCUAGCAGGCGAGAAAAUCCCAAACCAAACCAAGCGCAGAGGGCGAACUUCAACCCUACGGAUCAAUCCCCAGGCUGGGCAAGGCCUCAGCUUGGGCAGAAGUUAGCCAGUUAGCUAGGUAGCUAAAGUGCUGGAGGUAAGUUACAUCACAGCUAGGUGCAAAAGGUCCAGAAGUAUGCACAAAUGAACUGUCCUAGAGGCCGUAUGCAGUAGUUACACAAUUACAUAAAGUUCAAUAUCACGUUUUCAGUGUUUUUUAGCUAGUUAGCUAACUUGGCUGUGAGUGUAGCCACAUCCAACUUUAACACAUUCUGAAGGAACAAUUUACAACAGCUAAUGUGUUUGAAGAAGUAACUAAUUCUAUAUUUAACUGUUUUACCUAAUAUACCUCCUACUAACACUUCAGCUAGAUUGGUAGUUGGCUAAUAUUUUGAUGUAAGGCUUUUGAUGUAAGGGUCUUCAGCUGAAAACUACUGGACUGAAAACAGGCUGGAAUAAAAUAGCAUAAUCCAUUUCACUGAUCACAGGUCUUGAUUGUUAGGAAAGCCUAACCCAAUUUUCUGGCUCAGUUGUGCUAACAGGUGAACUAAAAUCAGCUACUCAAACAGAUCAGUUCAUUUGACAUAUAGACUAAAUUGCCUCGUUUAAUGUAGUGGAGAAUAUUCUUCAUAACACUUGAGCUCGACUCAGUGCGGACGGUCGCAGCAUCUAUAGCUAACACCUCGCCAACUUAAUCUUAGCACAGAACAAGAAAACAAUAAUCCAAGUGAGGUCUCUGCUCUCUCUUUCUCUGAGCUCCCGUUACUUUUUCUAAAAAACUAAACUCUGUAUGGAAAAGUCGCUGUUGUUCUCCCCUCCCCUGCUUUUGCCACUGGCUUUAGUGCCCGAUGUGCCAACCAAACAAUUAACGCUGACUGCGUUUUACAAGGCAUCUUUCAAAUCCCUCUCUGAUUUACUCUACAGCAGAGUUUGUGCAAGAAAAACUGCCUUUCACACUAUAUUAUAGCUUUAUGUUUCCAUUGCUGUGCGGCCAUGAAA